CUGUCUUGGCUGAUUCUACCACUAAACUUCUCCUACUACAUGGAGUUCUUGGAUAUUUAUUAUCGGCCCUGGAGGUUGCUAGUCGUGGCUUGUACCAUUCCAUUCGCGCUCGCUACAACUUUUCUAUUCUUUGCACCAGAGAGCCCCAAGUUCCUCUAUUCUAGUGGUCGCCAUGAAGAGUGUUUGGAAGUAUUGAGAAUAAUCUACGCAGCCAAUAACUACAAGCCAAAAGAUAGUUUUAUUGUGAAGUCGCUGAUUGCAGAGAAUCAAGUCACAAACACAGACAAGGGUAAAGGCAUAACCGGUAUAUUGUCUUCUAUGAAGGAACAAACUUUACCAAUCUUCAAACCGCCACUCCUUCCCUGGAUUUGUCUCACCUGCUUUGUGCAGUUUGGAAUAUUUUCUGCAACAAACGGCUUCUACAUCUGGUUCCCGACUAUUUUGAACGCGUUAAGUAGCCAGGACAGCGCCAACAUGAAAAUUUGUGACGUCAUCGAGUUGACAAGAGCCAAAACUGCUGCUGAUUCUCUAAAUAGUACUAUGAUCAUCUGUGACGACACAAUCUACACCUCAACAUUCGAGCGUUCAAUCUACGUUGGACUCGUCUUCUGUUCCAUGUACCUCAUUGUAGCAGUUCUAGUGGACUUUUUAGGCAAGAAGUACAUCUUGGUGGUGACCUUGACCAUCACUGGCAUCUGUGCCAUUAGUGCCAAUCUGGUGUACGACCAGCAAAUUGCUGUGGUACUGUUUGCUAUCUUCCAAAUGUCUGGUGCCUGUGUCGGGUUGACUAACGCUGUUGCUGUUCAAUUGUUUCCUACGAAGUAUAGGGGUAUGGCGGUCUGUUUAUCAAUGAUGUCGGGACGUACAGGUUCUAUGGUCGGAUCCUAUCUAAUUGGUUUAUUCUUGGACAUCAAUUGUGGAGCUGGAUUUUAUUUAUUCGGAAGUCUCCUGGUUGUAAAUGGUUUAACCUGUCUUACUCUGCCAAAUAUGAAGAAAGAAAAGGUUCCUGAAACAAUGGCAACUGCACCAAAAGAAACCCAAGAGCCUUAGCCAGAAGAAAUAAUCAUAGGAGACAAAAUAAAUGAUAGAGGGGGUCAUUGAAAGAAAAGCGAAGAAAGUUUAUUUAGAAAAAGCAUUUUUAAUGUUUGCUAUAAUGAUAAUGAUAUUGGAAGGUAGUUUCCCCCUCCCUACCUUGGAGUGUAUGAGAAGAUACAAUAAGAUACAAUACAGAUACAAGAUAUAAUGAUCUAGAUGUAAAGCAAUUCAAUGUUGAAAUCAAAAUAUUAUUUAUAAUUGGCAAUGAUAAUCCACAUUAUUCCGAUCACUGUGUAUUAUCGUGUGUAGAAAGAUUAGUGCAAGACCGCUAUAGAAAUUAAUCUCUAAAUUGCUUAUCUCUAUUCAAUUGUAAUUGAAAAAAUCUUUGACGUCCUUGUAAAUUACAUACGUCGAAGUUUCGAUGGAAACUGUAAAUAUAU